GACGCGGCUGGUGGCAGGGGGCCCUGCACCUCCCACCACGCAGCCCCCAGCCCCCGGGGGGGGGGCUCAGGAUGCGCCCGCCGCAGCCGUGUUUGCUCAGGGAAUUGGCCGCGGCGCUGACGUCCGUCCCGCGGCCCCCGCGGGUCCCAGGGGACGGCGUCACUGGGGACGUGUCCCCCCCCUUUUGUUCCCUCUUGAUGUCAGCUCCGAGUCCGGGUGGCUGCGGGGGGACACCCCACAGACGGGCGCCCGCUCCCCGUCUGCGUCAGCGGGUGUUUGCCCCCCGCCCGCGGGCUGCAGGGGGGGGGGUUAUAAAGCCGGACGAGCAGCCGGGGCCGCAUCCUGCACCAUGGCCAGCGCCUGGCUCUGCCUGCUCUGCGUGGCCGGCUCCGGCCUCAUCCUGCUGGGCUCCGGGGAGCCGGGGCUGCGGCCGGCCCCGCGCCAGGAGGAGACGGAGCUGGUCGAGGCGCUGCAGGAGGUGCUGGAGAAGCUGCGGAGCCGGGAGCUGCCGGCGGUGAAGAAGAAGCUGGGCCGGGUGCCCUCGUGCCAGCCCCGGGAGCCCUGCGCGGUGCGGAUGGGGGCGCGCUUCGGGACGCGCUGCAGCUGCCCCCCCGGCACCGCCUGCGACCUCCACGUCCUCGAGUGCUCCUGAGGGGCCGGGCGCAGCGGGGUCCCCGGGGGACGGUGCCACCGCCUGGAUGCUGCUGGUCCAAGCCUCGUCGGGGCGGGGGGGGAACGAGCUCCUCUCCCCUACCCCCCCGGCUCCCACCAGCGGGUGCUGCUGGGGGGCCCUGGGGUGCAUUAAAGGCCUUGGAUC